AUGGGAGGUGACAUCUGUCACAACAAAAACCGAAAGGUUCGGUGCAAGUUGUCCAACAGCCAGGACGUCUACCUAAGGCUGUUGGUCAAGCUAUACAGGUUUCUGGCCAGAGGAACCAACUUCACCUUCAACCAGGUGGUGAUAAAGAGAUUGUUCAUGAGUCACACCAACUGGCCACCUUUGUUCCUUUCCCGCAUGAUCCGGAAGAUGAAGCUUCCUGGCCGGGAGGGCAAAACUACUUUGGUUGUAGGGACUCUAACGGAUGACGUGCAUGUACAGGAGGGUCCCAAACUGAAGGUGCAUGCCCUUCAUGUGAGCAGCCGUGCCUGGAGCGGCAACCUCAAACCCAGGGGAAGAUCCUCACCUUCGACAGCCUACCCUGGACUCCCCAAGGGCUGUGGCACUGUCCUUCUCUCUGGUCCUCACAAGGGCCGAGAGGUGUACAGGCAUUUCCGCAAGGCUCCUGGAACCCCACACAAUGACACCAAACCCUACGUGCGCUCCAAGGGCCGGAAUUUCGAGUGCGCCAGAGGCCGUAGGGCCAGCCACGGCUACAAAAACCCCAGAGCAUGCCUUGUGAUUAAUAAGCUUUUGGAUGCUGAUUGA